CCCGCUCUGCCGCCGCCGCCGCCGCCGCCGCCGCCGCCCGAGAAGGAUCGGGGCCGGGCCGGGCCGGGCCGGGAUGGUCCGGGUCGGGAGGCCGCCGCCGCCGCCGCCGGAGGGAGCGGGCCGUCCAGCGCCGCACUGAGCCGCCCCCGCCCCCGCCCCGCCCCGGCCCCGGGGGAUGCGCCGCCCCGAGCCGCUGCCGCCGCCGCCGCCGCCGCCGCAGCCGCAGCCGCAGCGGGCACAGAGCAGGUAGAUGGCCUCCCCAGGGCAGGCCCUGCGGACACCCCUCCCUCCGGCUGGCGGAUGCAGUGCCUAGCGGCAGCUCUUAAGGACGAAACCAUCAUGAGUGGGGGAGGGGAGCAGGCCGACAUCCUGCCGGCCAACUACGUGGUCAAGGAUCGCUGGAAGGUGCUGAAAAAGAUCGGAGGUGGGGGCUUCGGUGAGAUCUACGAGGCCAUGGACCUGCUGACCCGAGAGAAUGUGGCCCUCAAGGUGGAGUCGGCCCAGCAGCCCAAGCAAGUCCUCAAGAUGGAGGUGGCUGUGCUCAAAAAGCUGCAAGGUAAAGACCACGUGUGCAGGUUCAUUGGCUGUGGCCGCAACGAGAAGUUCAAUUAUGUGGUGAUGCAACUGCAGGGCCGAAACCUGGCUGACCUACGCCGCAGCCAGCCCCGAGGCACCUUCACGCUGAGCACCACACUGCGGCUGGGCAAGCAGAUCCUGGAGUCCAUCGAGGCCAUCCAUUCGGUGGGCUUCCUGCACCGUGACAUCAAGCCGUCUAACUUCGCCAUGGGCCGGCUCCCCUCCACCUACCGGAAGUGCUACAUGCUGGAUUUUGGACUGGCCCGGCAGUACACCAACACCACGGGGGACGUUCGACCUCCUCGCAAUGUGGCCGGGUUUCGAGGGACCGUCCGCUAUGCCUCAGUCAAUGCCCACAAGAAUCGCGAGAUGGGUCGCCAUGACGAUCUGUGGUCCCUCUUCUACAUGCUGGUAGAGUUUGCUGUGGGCCAGCUACCCUGGAGGAAGAUCAAGGACAAGGAGCAGGUCGGGAUGAUCAAGGAGAAGUACGAGCACCGGAUGCUGCUGAAGCACAUGCCCUCUGAGUUCCACCUCUUCCUGGAUCACAUUGCCAGCCUCGACUAUUUCACAAAGCCAGAUUACCAGCUGAUCAUGUCAGUGUUCGAGAACAGCAUGAAGGAGCGGGGGAUCGCAGAGAAUGAGGCCUUUGACUGGGAGAAGGCUGGCACCGAUGCCCUGCUGUCCACGAGCACCUCCACCCCGCCCCAGCAGAACACCCGGCAGACGGCAGCCAUGUUCGGUGUGGUGAACGUGACGCCCGUGCCUGGGGACCUGCUCCGGGAGAACACUGAGGACGUGCUGCAGGGCGAGCACCUGAGCGACCAGGAGAACGCGCCUCCCAUCCUUCCAGGGAGGCCCCCCGAGGGGCUGGGCCCGGGCGCCCACCUCAGCCCGCACCCCGGGGGUCCCGAGGCGGAGGUGUGGGAGGAGACAGACGUCAACAGAAACAAGCUCCGGAUCAACAUUGGCAAAACGCCCUGUGUGGUGGAGGAGGAGCAGAACCGGGGCGUGGGGAUGCCCGGCUCCCCGGUGCGGGCGCCGCCGGACUCGCCCACGACCCCCGUCCGCUCCCUGCGCUACCGGAGGGUGAACAGCCCCGAGUCGGAGCGGCUGUCCACGGCCGACGGGCGGGCGGAGCUGCACGAGAGGAGGUCACGCAUGGAUCUGCCCGGCUCGCCCUCCCGCCAGGCCUGCUCAUCACAGCCCGCGCAGAUGCUGUCGGUGGACACGGGCCACGCCGACCGCCAGGCCAGCGGCCGCAUGGACGUGUCUGCCUCCGUGGAGCAGGAGGCCCUGAGCAACGCCUUCCGCUCGGUGCCCCUGGCCGAGGAGGAGGACUUCGACAGCAAGGAGUGGGUCAUCAUCGACAAGGAGACGGAGCUCAAGGACUUCCCCCCGGGGGCCGAGCCCAGCACGUCGGGCACCACGGACGAGGAGCCCGAGGAACUGCGGCCGCUGCCCGAGGAGGGUGAGGAGCGGCGGCGGCCAGGGACGGAGCCUUCUGUCCGGCCCCGGGGACGCGGCAUGCAGACCCUGGCCGAGGAGGACACGCGGCAGGUGCCGCCCCUGUCCCCGCACCCCCAGCUGAGCCAGGCCGACGGCCGGUCAGAGACAUCACAGCCCCCCACGCCAGGCAGCCCUUCCCACUCGCCCCUGCACUCGGGACCGCGCCCUCGGCGGAGAGAGUCAGAUCCCACGGGCCCACAGAGACAGGUGCUGUCAGUGGCGCCCCUGUUUGAGGUGAACGGCACCCCCCGAGCUGUGCCCCUGAACCUCCCUUACCAGCACUUCAAGAAGGACCUGUCUGACUACCGCGAGCGCGCCCGGCUGUUGCGCGGGCGCAGGGUGGGCUUGGCGCACAUGCUGCUCCCCGCGCCCCAGCUCGCCCACGCGCCCCUGCAGCCUCAAGCCAAUGGGAAGAAGGAGGAGGAGGAGAAGGCAGAGGAGGAGGAAGAGGAGGAGGAAGAGGAAGAGGAGGAAGAGGAGGAAGACGAGGAGGAGGAAGAUGAGGAAGACGAGGAGGAAGAGGAAGAAGAGGAGGAGGAGGAGGAGGAGGAGGAGGAGGAGGUCGUGGCUCUGGGGGAGGCCCUGGGGCCCCACAGCGGUUCCAGCAGCGAGGGGAGCCAGAGGAGCACCGACCGCAGCCAGGAGGGGGCCCCGUCCACGCUGCUGGCUGAUGACCAGAAGGAGUCUCGGGGCCGGGCCUCCAUGGCCGACGGGGACCUGGAGCUUGAGGAGGGCUCCAAAACUCUGGUGCUCGUCUCCCCUGGCGACAUGAAGAAGUCGCCCGUCACUGCCGACCUGGCCCCCGACCCUGACCUGGGCACCCUGGCCGCCCUGACUCCUCAGCACGAGCGGGCCCUGCCCACAGGCAGCCAGCUGGACGUGUCCGAGCCGGGCACGCUCUCGUCGGUCCUCAAGUCUGAGCAGAAGCCCCCGCCCCUGCCCCCGCCCCCGCCGGGCCCCGGGGCCUCGGGUGCAGGGACGGUGGCCGUCACCACCUCACCCUUCACCAAAGUCGAGAGGACCUUCGUGCACAUUGCAGAAAAAAGCCACCUCAACGUCAUGUCCUCUGGGGGCCAGGGCUCCCGCGCCGAGGAGCUGAGCGCGGGGGCUGAGCUGGGCCCGGAGGCGGGCUCUGGGGAGAGUGCUGCGGAGGAGGGGGUCUCGCUGCCCCUGCAGAAUGGCCUUGCCCCCGCGGGCCCCGAGGGGGUGCAGAGGAUGGAGCGCUGUGCCCCACCACGCCCCCCUGCAGGACCCCUGGCAGAGGUGCCCGGGGACUCACUGCCCAACGGCCCAGCCCUUGCUGACGGGCUCGCCCAGGUUCCCCUGCUGGAGCCAGGCCCCGACGAGAAACUGGGUCCCGCGUCCCCCAGCCUGCAGGCCCGGCCCGGUGCCCGGCCCAGGAGCCGGAUCCCUGUGCUGCUCUCCGAAGAGGACACGGGCUCCGAGCCCUCGGGCUCACUGCCGGCAAAGGAGCGGUGGGGCAAGAGGGCGCGGGCCCCGCAGGACCUGGCGCGGCUGGUGAUGGAGAAGAGGCAGGGCCGGCUGCUGCUGAGGCUGGCCUCGGGGGCGUCCUCCUCCUCCAGCGAGGAGCAGCGGCGCGCGUCCGAGACGCUGUCGGGGCCCUGCUCCGAGGAGGACACGCCCACCUCUGAGCCCGCCGGGGCCACCACCGCCCGGAGCCGGCUGCCCAGGAGCCGGAUCCCCCGCCUGGUCAGCGUCCGGGCGCCCAUGCCUGCCGCCCCCAGACCCCAGGGCACCCCAGCAUCCGACACAGCCAUCACCAGCAGGCUCCAGCUGCAGAAGCCCUCGGGGCCGGCCGCUGCCGCUGAACUCCGGCCCAAGCAGCCCCCCGCCCGCGGCCCAGCCGGGCCCCGGCCCCCCGCGUCGGCGGCGCGCCCGGCCAGCGCGUCCCCGCGGAGCGGGUCCCUGCACCGCAAGGAGAGCCCGUCCCCCUCGCACCAGGCCCGGCCCGGGGGUCUCGCGCCGCGGGGGGCCCCCGCGGCCCGGCCGCAGCCCGACGGCGGCGCGGCCCCCAAGCACGGACCCAGAGGGAAGGCGCAGACCCCGCGCGCAGCUACCAAAGGCCGGGCGGGGGGCGCCGAGGGCCGGGCCGGGGCCAGGUAAUGACGCGCGGCCCCGCGCCCCCGCCCGCUCCCAGCACAGCCUUAUGCCCGCUGCUCGCCCGCCCCCGCGGGACUCCGCUCGCACCUCCAGCCAAAGCCCCCCACCCCUCUUCAGAAGGGCCCAGGCCGAGGGGCUCCCCAGGCUCAGGCCUUUCCUGGGCGGCCGGGCUGGGGGCUGAGGAGGUGGAGGAUCUACUCAGGUGUGGGGGGCAGCUCCGACCUGCCCCAAGUCAGCUCCAUCGACCCCCGGCUGGGAGGCAGCGCAAGUGAUUCUCGGCAAGGGGGCGCCCGGCCCACCCCUGGGUUGCAGCCGCCCCCCUCUGCCCCCUCAGUGGCACCUCAGGUGCCUUCCCCAGCAGGAGGGGGCUUUAAAGCAAGUGGCGCCCCGUCCUUUGCCCCCCCCCCUUCAGUGCUCAGGGCCCUGGCACAGCAGGAGCCCCUUCUUGCCAUCGAACCUCAGUCUUGCCCACUGCGAUUCCGGAUGCCACCCCUUCGGCCGCCAGGGAGGCGAUGGCUGCUGGCCUCCUGCUGGCCUCCACUCUGGCCUGUGAGCUUCAGGGACGGGGGCUGGUCGCGUCCCCUCCCAGUCCUGGCUGUGGGGAGCACGCUGGGCCAGGCCCUCAGCUCUCCCCGUCCCGCCCCACCCCAGGCAGAAAGGCCCCUUCCAGAUGUGUCUCUUUCCCGCGGGGUGUGGGGGGCUGCAGCCCCUCCCCUCCCACCCGCACCCCUUCCGGGGCCAGGCACACCCAUCUGAUCGGGAGCCCCCGUGACCGGCCUCUCUGCUUCGCUCCCCGGCCUGGCCCUCUGUCCUUCCCCGGGGUCCAGAGCAGAGGAGGCAGCCAGGGGGAGCCGGGAGGCCCAGCAGACCCCAGGAACCAGAGGACCAGGCCAGCAGGGGCCUGGCUGCCGCUUCCUUGCCCCACGCCCAGAGGAGGACUGCAGGGUGGGUCCAUGGCGGCACACCCCACGUUGACGCAGAAGCUCCCAGAACACUCAGGAAACCUCCCCAGAAGAGCCUCCUCCUGGAUCCCACCUCUUCUCGGCGCCCUACUGCCCGCGGGGCUGCCGGAGGGGCUGGAGGCGGGCGGGCGGCGCCUUCCCACCCAGAGCUGCUCUGACAAUCAGCUCGCCCCACCACCGGCAGGCCCUGGGUUUGUUCCUUACCACCAACCGAACCGUGAAUGUAGGCCACCCCCCACCAGCCUCACCCCUGCCCAGCCCCGCCCCCCAGCCCCCAGCCCCCCAGCUUCACACAGCACCAGAGCUGAGCAGAGACACCCCAGGACUCCCAAUGAACCUCAGGCCUCUGCGUCACUGUCACCGAGGAGGGGGUGUGAGGGGGGAGGGCUAAAGGGCUGACACCCAUCCCAGGCAGGGUCCCAGUGACUGGCCCCAGCAGCAGCCUCUUCUCCCUGGAGCGCACCCCUGCCUCCUCCUCCAGGCCCUCCUGGUCCCCUUUGAGAGCAUCACAGUACCUGCCACUCCAGCACUUCCCCACAGCCUGUGUCACGCCCACCCCCAGCCACGCCUCCCCUCCCUCUUUGGGCUAAGGGAGUACAGGAGAGGGGACCUCGGACGCCCCACUUCCAGGCUCCCCCCAGGGGCCCGACUUGCUCAGUCUUCGCUGCUCCUAGGGACCAGCCCUGAUGAGCACGGGGGAAGGGAGGGAGGCAGGGUUGCCCAGCCUCUACCCUGGAGAAUGUUUACAUGCCAAACAGAAUGUAACACCCUCCCGAGCCCUCCCCAGUCACUGCAUGGCCUCUGCCCAUCCCUCGCCCCACACAGCCCCCCUGGAAGCCGCUGUCCUGGUCAGUUGGGGUCUCAGAAGGGAAGUAGCCAUCACAUCAUUAAAGAACCUGUGGACCUUU